GCCCGCCCUCCCGCAACCCGCCAUGGCGUCUCAACUCAGGCUCCGCUCCGCGCUGGCCCUGGUCACAGGUGCGGGUAGCGGCAUCGGCCGGGCGGUCAGUGUGCGCCUAGCCAAAGAGGGGGCCGCUGUGGCCGCCUGUGACCUGGACGGGGCAGCGGCACGGGAGACGGUGCGGCUGCUGGGCGGGCCGGGGAGCGAGGAGGGGGCGCCCCGCGGGAGCCACGCUGCCUUCCAGGCUGACGUGUCUGAGGCCAGGGCCACCAGACGCCUGCUGGAACAAGUGCAGGCCUGCUUUUCUCGCCCACCAUCUGUCGUUGUGUCCUGUGCGGGCAUCACCCGAGAUGAGUUUCUGCUCCACAUGUCUGAGGAUGACUGGGACAAAGUCAUAGCUGUCAACCUCAAGGGCAUCUUCCUAGUCACUCAAGCUGCAGCCCAAGCCCUGGUCUCCACUGGUUGUCAUGGCUCCAUCAUCAACAUCAGUAGCAUCAUAGGAAAGGUGGGGAACACUGGGCAGACAAACUAUGCUGCAUCCAAGGCUGGAGUGAUUGGGCUGACCCAGACUGUCGCCCGGGAGCUUGGACGACAUGGGAUCCGCUGUAACUCUGUCCUGCCAGGGUUCAUUGCAACACCCAUGACACAGAAAAUGCCACAGAAAGUGAUAGACAAGGUGACCAGCAUGAUCCCGAUGGGACACUGGGGGGACCCUGAGGAUGUGGCAGAUGUGGUUGCAUUCUUGGCAUCUGAAGACAGCAGAUACAUCACAGGGGCCUCGGUGGAAGUCACUGGUAUGAAGCCAGCAUGGGGAGGGAAAGGGCAGAGAAGUGGAACCCAGACUACAUGAGAAAGUGAGGGGAGCCUGGAGCCACUGUGGGAAGGGCAGAGAUUCCUGAGGCCAGGAACAGAAGUGGGCACCCUCCAGCCCAUUUGUCUCUCCACCCAUACAUCUGUCCAAAUGUUUCUGCCCCUCCCAGGAGGUCUUUUCAUGUAACUGCCUCAAGGACCCUGGACUCUGCUUACUCCCCCACCACUCUGCCUGGCCUCCUGCUGAUGAGGACUCUAAGUUCCCAGGCUACAAAAGGGGUGGCAGUGUAUGGCUCAGGAAUGCUGAAUAUGGGAGGCAGGGGUGUUGUGACCCUAAUAAAUUCCAAAUCCUCUUCUC